AGAAGUCAAAACUCGAUGCUCACGCUACGAGGAGCGACCUCGACCGUCCGAUCAGCCUCCACGGACGUCCCAGAUCCGCGCGAGAAUUCCCUCGAACCUUCUUCCUCCUUUUCCUUCCUUCCUCCCUCCCUCCCUUCGUCUUCCUCCGUCGUCCACUACCGUCGAAACUCUUCGAUCGCCGCCGCCGCCGCCACCGCCGCGCCGACGGUCCGCCGAUCCCCGCGUCCUUCUGCCCCCUCCGAUCGGCUCGAGCUCGAGGUCCACUUGAUGGAAAGCGAGGCUACGAGUAAGCCGGCCCAAAGUGCGUCUUCCUCCGACAAUGGUGGCAAUGAGGCGGGCGAUUUCGAAUGCAACAUCUGCCUUGAAUUAGCUCAAGACCCUGUCCUGACCCUUUGUGGUCACCUGUACUGUUGGCCCUGCCUCUAUAGGUGGCUGCGCCAUCACUCGCAUUGCCACGAAUGCCCCGUCUGCAAGGCCCUUAUACAAGAGGAGAAAUUGGUCCCUCUUUACGGGAGGGGGAAGACCCCGACGGACCCGAGAUCCAAAUCUUAUCCAGGAAUUGAUAUCCCCCACCGCCCUUCGGGACAAAGGCCCGAAACCGCUCCGCCUCCAGAAGCGAAUCAGUUCGCGAACUAUGGGUUGGGUUUCAUGGGAGGGUUCAUGCCAAUGGCCUAUGCUAGGAUCGGGAACUUCACGCUCUCUACUGCGUUUGGCGGUCUAAUCCCUGCUCUGUUCAACGUGCAAUUCCAUGGAUUUCAAGAUGCCACCGUGUAUGGGACGACUUCGGGUUAUCCAUACGGCUUCAACACAUUCCACGGUGGUCAUGCCCAUGGUUUUCCGCAGACGGCUGCACGGGGGCAGCAGGCUGAUACCGUGUUGAAGAACCUUCUUCUACUCAUCGGAGUCUUUGUGGUUCUUGCGCUGCUUUGUUGGUGAUCUCACUUUGGAAUUUCUUGGUGAUGAUUCCUCUUAACUCUCUUUAUAGUUGUUGCAUGCUCCAUAAGGGUUAGGCUAGUAAAGGUUUGAGUUGGGUGUUCAGAGGUUGUCAAUAUGAUCCGCAAUCCAUGAUAUCCUGUUUCACAUAUAUCAGGCACUCCUUUUCUUUUCGUGGACAUGUUCGUGUAUGUCUGCAUGGAGUUUCCUGUUCAUAUUUGCAUGUGACCUUUUACUUGUUUCACGUGAUUUCUUCUAUAGUGUCGUGUUUGCCAUCACCAAGGAAUAUAGGACCCGUCUUGGGUGUUCUCUUUGUAACUGUACAAUGCUUAAAGGUGAUACAUUUGUUCUUUUUCCAAGUGUAAUCAAGUAAAAGGAAGUGCAUUGGAUUC